AUGGUCGUCACAUUCAACUUCCUCGAUCUCCCUGCUGAGGUUCGAGAACAGAUUUACCGUCACUACUUCCAAGUUGAUGGCGGAUACGUUCACCAUGUCGAAUCAGACAAACUCAUGACGGCCGACAACCACCCGAUCGAGCUCUCCCUUCUCUAUACAUGUCGCACCAUCGCCCACGAAGCCAGACAUGUCCCCUUGUCCCUCAACGCCAUCGAAUUCAAGACUCGAUACCGACCAGAAUCCAACAACCUAGCCGGGUGUUUCAAUCUUGUCGCUUUCACCUACCAGCUUCUACAAUCAGAAUUGACAACGCUUCUGGCCAUUGCUGGUGCCAUGACCCCAGAAAUACGCGAUCGCCUCGCCCUGGAAUUCCCCGACUUCAGCCAACGACUUGCUACUGCCCUUCCAUCUUACGAGGAUGAACAUGAGUACUACUCGGAGAAUCCUGUCGGGGACAGGAGGAUUAGUCGAUCCCGAUCGCCCUUGGCAGACGACCCUGACCCAAGCGUCAAUCAUAUCCGGCAACUGAGGUCUACGCUAUGCUACAGCACGCAGGAUGCCUUGGCCGAGAAAGCCAGCAUUCUGUAUCUGUCAUCCGGCUACUACCGCGGCUUCUCCAGAUUGUCUCGCCCUUAUUAUCAUAAUUGGUACUGGUAUUGGUCCAACAGCUUCUGGGAGGCUGAAGGGGCCUUUUCGUCCGCUUUGAAGCUUUUGGCCGAACACAACCCAGCCGAAUUCAGCCGCCAAAUCAACACCAACUUCCCGCAAUGGGCCGGCACCUAUCCUCCAGAUGAAUUUCUGAACUUGCGGUUUGAACACUGGGAAAUUCCCACGCCAGAAAAAGUCAAACACGCCAUGGAUCUGUUGGCAAUCGGUGAUCUCUGGCACCUGCCUGGUAUAUGGUGUGACGCAAGGAGCUGCUGCAAGAACGAUGAUGAUGAUGACAUGACAUCCAUUAAUCAACCUCAUCGCCAUCACCCAGUAGCCGGUGGCAUCCGAUGUCGAGAAAAAAUCCGCUUCUCCGCCGUCGCUAACGCAAUUCAAUUUCUUAACACGCGUUUCUCAGUCGAGCAACGUCUUGAUAUCAGAAGCCUCAUUCUUAACGAGGAUUUGCCGUCGGUCAAUUCACCUUCCGCCCAUGCUCAGGGCCUGGCACCAUUUUACCGAGAGAAUCCUCAAUUACGAGUCGAGCGCCGCGUCGACCUCAUGGGCUGCGUAUUCCCCGCCCUUGCAUCUCCUACCCAUGUAGCAGACCGCAUUCGAGAUCCAGGUGCCUCUCCCGAUGAGCCUGAGAUCACUGGUGGUAUGCUACGGUCCAGAAUUACCCAAUGGCUACUCGACGCACUUGCUGUGACAGACGUUGGCAUUCCAGCUGAGGCUUUCACACUUGUCUUACAGGCAGGCUCCUACAAGGACUAUUUCGCUGAUCGAUUCCAACGACAAAUCCAAGAGGAGAUUGCUUUGUGUCGAGCUUUCAAGACCAUUAACCCGGAAUAUCCAUAUGCUAGGUUGACAGAGCCUCUCUAUGGCUCAAUUCAAAGCACGAUGAUACAGGAGCAGGAAGUUGACGCCCUCGGAAUUUUGGGAAAUGACAAUUUGUCCAUUUUGCGCAGCGACUUCAACCCCGGCGUCGAGCGGGAAUUUGAUACUUUAAUUAAUGAGACAAGUAACCAUGAUGCGUCUGAAUGGUUCCACGCGUGGUCGGUCCUGCUUGGAAACAUCGAUCAGCCGCCACACCAAGUGGACUACAACACCAGGCUAUUGGAGAACUUUGAGGUCCGGACUGAUUAG